AUGACAGAAACAACUCCGGAUGGCCUCUGCUCUGCCACAAACGCAGACCCCUUCAUCCGGGAGAUGCUGGAAUGGGGAGCACUGUCGGUUGGGAAUUUCUUCCGUGCCCAAGUGGACACAGCCCAGCCGUACGAAGAACUCAACUCCAACCACAAGGCUAUGACUGAAUCUGAAACCCCGAUUUGCGAUGACCUUACAAUUCCAGUCUGGACGAUCAAGAACAGAGUGAGUCUAAGUGACGCAAAUGUCUUCCGCGUUUGUACAACGCCCCAUGGUGUGCCCCAGAAGGAGUGGGCAACUCGUUGGCCAUAUGACUUUAUGCUAGAAGGCAGUAUCUGGCCAGACAGGCGUCCGAUCGGAUCAGGAGUGGUUAUACGGACCAACGGCAUGGGGUUCUAUCCAAUUUUCCAGGGGUACCUUGCGCUCUGCGGUGAGACUGCUGGCCGGUAUACCUCGGUGGUCGGGCCCAAGCGGGCAGCCCGCAAUGCACCUUACAAAGGUUUCCGUGUUGGACAACUGCUUGCAAUGGGCAAGGAUUUCCACAAGAAUCCCGCGAUCUACGACCUCAACAAAUUGCCUCAUGGAGUGAAUGGCGGGAAAUUCCCGAUUGAGUUCAAGUACGCGGCAACGGACUUGGUCGGGCUGUUCGGCCGCGGCAAAUUGACCCUGGCUCCUCUUACAGCAUUCAGCGGUUUCUGCCCUCAUGUGAAUGAAGCCAGAACACUUCCGUGGACGAACAAGUCUAAAACCGGUUUAACACAGCCUGAAUGGACCAAACUGAUCGAAAACAAACAUCUUGUGCCCCAGCCAUCCACCCUCCGAGAAGACCUACACUGUGCGUCGUUUAGGUCUCCGCUCUUCCCAUCGUUUGCCCAUGUCCAAUUUGCUGGCCCAGGAAAUGAGCUUCUUUUGGAAGAGUUAUCAAAUGCCGAGUAUGAGCACAAUGGCCUCACAGGAGCAGCUGGCGGAAGGGCCUUAGAGGGAGUGGCCUGUCGACUACGCUACUUGAUCCGGUGCAUGGAUGAUAUACAGUACACCACCGUGAUGCUUUUGUUCGAUCUGGCAGUUGUCCACGAUCAAAUCGUGAUGGCCAGACGCAUCACCAGCACUGAAUGUGUUCCGAUCGCGGAAAUUGAGACUCGCUACCGCGAGUUGGAACAUCGGGUCCAAAUACGCAUUUACCAAGAGACCCAAACAUAUGUGGCCGAAUUAUACCAGUUAGCUCUCAAUUAUGCGAGUUUUCCAGACGAUGACCCGAUCCGGACAUCCGGGCACGCUGAGCCGGUGAUGCAGGAUCUGAGCAGACAAACAGACGAUGUACAGCCCAGGCAAGAAUAG